GUUUCGCAUAUGGCCAGCGAUCAAGUGCACCACUUGCGAGUUCAGUCCAUGUGGGAAGGAAACGGGAGUUCUGGAGACGAGCUCACCAUGAUAACCCCCGCACCAUCAAAGUCCCUCAAACUCGGAAGCACGACAGACUCCAAAGCAAAUUCUGGAUAUGUAUCAGACACUCAACAGCCAGAAACAGUAGCUCAGGGUGACAAAGCAGAAGAAAUCAGAGAAGCUGAUGCAACGCCGCCACUAGAAGAGAGGCAGCCUGACCUGAUGAGUGAGGAGCAAGUUGAACCCAGAGCAUCAGCCACCGAAGAGCCAGAAACAGCAGCUCAGGUCGACAAAGCAGAAGAAACCAGAGAAGCUGAUGCAACGCCACCACAAGAAGAGAGGCAGCCUGACCUGAUAAGUGAGGAGCAAGUUGAACCCAGAGCAUCAGCCACCGAAGAGCCAGAAACAGCAGCUCAGGUUGACAAAGCAGAAGAAACCAGAGAAGCUGAUGCAACGCCACCACAAGAAGAGAGGCAGCCUGACGUGAUGAGUGAGGAGCAAGUUGAACCCAGAGCAUCAGCCACCGAAGAGCCAGAAACAGCAACUCAGGUCGACAAAGCAGAAGAAACCAGAGAAGCUGAUGCAACGCCACCACAAGAAGAGAGGCACCCUGACGUGAUGAGUGAGGAGCAAGUUGAACCCAGAGCAUCAGCCACCGAAGAGCCAGAAACAGCAACUCAGGUCGACAAAGCAGAAGAAACCAGAGAAGCUGAUGCAACGCCACCACAAAAAGAGAGGCAGCCUGACCUGAUGAGUGAGGAGCAAGUUGAACCCAGAGCAUCAGCCACCGAAGAGCCAGAAACAGCAGCUCAGGGUGACAAAGCAGAAGAAACCAGAGAAGCUGAUGCAACGCCACCACAAGAAGAGAGGCAGCCUGACCUGAUGAGCGAGGAGCAAGUUGAACCCAGAGCAUCAGCCACCGAACAGCCAGAAACAGCAACUCAGGUCGACAAAGCAGAAGAAACCAGAGAAGCUGAUGCAACGCCACCACAAGAAGAGAGACAGCCUGACCUGAUGAGUGAGGAGCAAGUUGAACCCAGAGCAUCAGCCACCGAAGAGCCAGAAACAGCAGCUCAGGUCGACAAAGCAGAAGAAACCAGAGAAGCUGAUGCAACGCCACCACUAGAAGAGAGGCAGCCUGACCUGAUGAGUGAGGAGCAAGUUGAACCCAGAGCAUCAGCCACCGAAGAGCCAGAAACAGCAGCUCAGGUCGACAAAGCAGAAGAAACCAGAGAAGCUGAUGCAACGCCACCACAAGAAGAGAGGCAGCCUGACCUGAUAAGUGAGGAGCAAGUUGAACCCAGAGCAUCAGCCACCGAAGAGCCAGAAACAGCAGCUCAGGUUGACAAAGCAGAAGAAACCAGAGAAGCUGAUGCAACGCCACCACAAGAAGAGAGGCAGCCUGACCUGAUGAGUGAGGAGCAAGUUGAACCCAGAGCAUCAGCCACCGAAGAGCCAGACACAGCGGCUCAGGUCGACAGAGCAGAACAAGGCAGACAAGCUUAUGCAACGGCACCACAAGAAGAGAGGCCGCCUGACCUGAUGAGUGAGGAGCAAGUUGAACCCAGAGCAUCAGCCACCGAAGAGCCAGAAACAGCAGCUCAGGUAGACAAAGCAGAAGAAACCAGAGAAGCUGAUGCAACGCCACCACAAGAAGAGAGGCAGCCUGACCUGAUAAGUGAGGAGCAAGUUCAACCCAGAGCAUCAGCCACCGAAGAGCCAGAAACAGCAACUCAGGUCGACAAAGCAGAAGAAACCAGAGAAGCUGAUGCAACGCCACCACAAGAAGAGAGGCACCCUGACGUGAUGAGUGAGGAGCAAGUUGAACCCAGAGCAUCAGCCACCGAAGAGCCAGAAACAGCAGCUCAGGUCGACAAAGCAGAAGAAACCAGAGCAUCCUGGCACCGAUCUGCGACAACGAAGGAUGCGGUUUUCCUCGAUGAAUUCCUGUCGCUGUGUGACACGCAUCUCAUGGGCUCCAGCUGGAAGAAGGCCACGCAUUGCAACGCCACUCCCUGGCCCUGUGGCCUUGCAUUUCUGGGCGGCUCGCGGACCUUGGCGCCCGACUGCAAUGGAGAGGAGCCCAGCUUUCCAAGUUGGAGCCUCCCUUCGAUGCAAGUCUUCUCCGAAAAGCUCUGGGAGAAAGAG